UGACAUGUCACGACUCAUGAGGGCGUCUUAGUGACUGAUGGUCUGGGGGUCUGUGUUUGCGCAUGCCGAUAAGGGUGUGUUUAUUUCAACCUCUCCCUCUCUCUCCCUCUCCAGCGCCCCCUCCAGUGCUCGGGCUGGACUGCGCCUCGGCGGCCGCCGCCCGCCCCCCACGCCCCCCCUCCUCCUCGCGCCCCCCAGCGGCGGCGGCAGCGCCCCCCGCAGCCAUGGCGUCGCGCAUCGGGCUACGCCUGCAGCUGAUGCGGGAGCAGCUUCAGCACGAGGAGCAGCGUGAGCGGCAGGCGCAGGCGCAGGCACAGGCGCAUGUUCACGCGCAGCAGCAGGCGGCCAUGCUCUACCCGCAGCAACAACAACAACAUCAACAUCAACAGCAGCAUCAGCAGCAGCAUCAACAGCAGCAGCAUCAUCAACAGCAGCAGCAGCAACAGCAGCAACAGCAGCAGCGCAUGCCUGGACCCCCUGCACCCACUCCUGCCAUCAGCACACCACCAGCACACUUCCAGGGCCCCAUGCAGGUGCCCGUGGAGGUCCUCAAGGUGCAGACUCACCUGGAGAACCCGACUGACUACCACAUCCGCCUCACCCAGCGGCAGCAGGUGAAGGAGUACCUGUCCUCCACCUACAUCCCCAAGUCUGCGGUGCACGCCAUCUCAGGGGUGGUGCAGCCGUCCCCCCCCAACCUGACUCAGGGGCACACGGCCGCCGCCACGCCCCCCCUCCCCUCCCCCCUCAUGCGCACCGAGCAGCUCAUCAACUCAAACAGCAGCGCCCCCGCCAGCCCCAUGGCCCUGCUCAACAUCAGCCACGAGAAUGAGAUGGAUGAGGUUAUUGAUGACAUCAUCAGUCUGCAGUCCAGCUAUGAUGACAUUCAGGCCUACAUUGACCCUGUCCAGAUGCCAAACACACUCCCGUUGUCCAGUAGCCAUCUGGAUGUGUACACCGGCCCAGGGAUGACUGGUCCAGCCAUCGCCAUGACGAGCAACUCCUGUCCUGCCAACCUCUCCAUCAAGAGGGAGCUGACGGGUAAGAUCAAUCCCAUCCACAGGCCAGAAGCCCGUGCAAUGGCCAAGGAGAGACAGAAGAAAGACAACCACAACCUGAUCGAGAGGAGGCGACGCUUCAACAUCAACGACCGCAUCAAAGAGCUCGGCACUAUGAUUCCCAAAACCAACGACCUGGAUGUGCGAUGGAAUAAGGGCACUAUCCUCAGGGCGUCGGUGGAGUACAUCAAGCGCAUGCAGAAGGACGUCCAGAGGAGCCGUGAGGUGGAGAACAACUUCAAGAGAAUGGAGAUGGCCAACAAGCAGCUGUGGCUCCGCAUCCAGGAGUUAGAGAUGCAGGCUCGUCUCCAUGGCCUCCCCUGCAACUCUCCCUCUGGCUUCAGUAACAGUGACCUGCUGGGCCCCUUGGUGAAGCAGGAGACCAGCCCGGAGGAGAACCACCACCCCCAGCAGCAGCACCAGCAGCACCAGCAGCACCAGCAGCACCAACACCAGCACCACCCCCACCCCCAGCACCAGGGCCACCCCCACCUCCAGCAGCCCCAGGGCCUGCCCCCCCUGCCCCAGCCCAUGCACACCCAGCCCCCGCUGCAGUACCCCGCCGUGGGCAGCUCCCAGCACUUUGACUUUGCCCAGUCGCUGGACUUGUGCGAUGGGGGCGGGGGGUACGUGGAUGGCAUGGGGGGUCUGGGCGACCUGGGGUCACUGGGCGGAGGAGGAGGAGGAGGAGCCAUGGGGAAGAAGAACGACCUGGGCUUCAUGUUGAUGGAUGAGGCGCUGUCACCACUAGGGGGCGAUCCGCUGCUGUCGGCCAUGUCUCCCGACGCGUCUGUGGACAGCAGCCGCAGAAGCAGCUUUAGCCUCGACGACACCGACAUACUGUGACACACACACACACACACACACACUCACACACACACACUCACACACACACACUCACACACAGCUAAGAAAAACAACAUAAUGCUCACACACAUGGCCAAGAAAAAUUAAACAGUGCAAACACACACAUACACACACACCCCCUCCCACACAGCUGAUGUGAUGACACAAUACACUCUCUCGUGCACACACACAAACACAACAUGAUAUAAACACACGUAUAGAUUUAUGUAAAGAAAGUAACAUGCACAGCAGUGAACAUAAACACCUGAUAGUCAGUGACAGACACAAAUUAGUACAUAAUCUAACACACACACACACACACACACACACACACACCACUCUCUAACUCCCUCUGUCUC